CGAAAAUGGCGAAAUUAGUUUGUGACAUUGAACACCGAUAGUUUUUUUACAAAAUAUAUAAUCGUGAACCUACGCACAAUAAUAAUAAUAAUAAUAAUAUAAACAUAAUAAUAACAAUAUUAAUAAUGAUUAUAAAAUAAAAGUGUAUGUUGAAAUCUAAAACGUUCAUUAUUUUUAAUACCAUGAAGUAAUCGUCAUUAUUAUUGAGUUUGUGAAAUAAGAACACAAACGCCAAUACCUUAUUUGUCAAGUGUACACCAAACAACUUGGUUGUAUUAAUAUUUAAAUUUUAUCAAUGACAAUUUGCUAUAAGUAAUAACAAUUGUUAAAUUAUAAAAUAUAUAAAUUAUUUAGUUACGUGUAACUAAUACACGUAAGUGUGUCAAUAUUAAUACAUUACUUUAAUGGACAUGACUGAAAAACUAGAUCAUUGUAAUGUUUAUAUACAUAAUAUCAAAAGUUUGGUAAUGAAAUUGUAUAUUUAAAUGAGUAAAUAUCACGAGAAUGAUAUUUAGUAAUAUUUUAGUCAUGAAAUCAGUGAAAAUAUAUCAAAUGUGAAAUUAUUUUAAUGAUAAUUAUUUUAUAUAAUAUAUCUACACGUUAAUUUAUAAAAUAAAUAUUAAAAUGGAUUAUCCUAUUCAUAAGUGUAUUUUUCAAGGUGACAUUAAGUCACUCAGUACUUUAAUAAGAACACAUGACAUUGCUGAAAAAGAUAAACAUGGUAAUACGCCAUUACAUUUAGCAGUAAUGCUAGGACGAAAAGAAUGUGUUCAAUUAUUACUAGCCCACGGUGCACCGGUAAAAGUAAAAAACAUAGCAGGAUGGAGUCCAUUGGCCGAAGCGAUAAGUUACGGCGAUCGUCAAACAAUAUCAUCAUUAGUAAGAAAAUUAAAACAACAAGCUCGCGAACAAAUGGAAGAAAGACGACCAAAUUUAGUAUCAGCGUUGCAUAAAAUGGGAGACUUUUACAUGGAAUUAAAGUGGGAUUUUCAAAGCUGGGUACCAUUGGUAUCAAGAAUAUUGCCAUCAGAUAUCUGUAGAAUCCAUAAAAGCGGCGCGUCAAUUCGUAUGGACACAACUCUUGUAGACUUCAAUGACAUGAGAUGGGAACGCGGUGACAUAUCAUUUAUAUUUAACGGCGAUCAAAAACCGAGUAAAUCAUUGACGGUACUUGACAAUAAAGCAAAAUUAUAUCAACGCGUACGUUAUGAAGAAACGGAGCUGGAGAUUGAAGACGAGGUGGAUAUUUUGAUGUCCAGUGAUAUUAUGGCAGCACAAAUGUCAACUAAAAACAUAACAUUUUCACGUGCUCAGACUGGAUGGAUAUUUCGUGAAGAUAAACGUGAAAUGGUUGGCCCAUUUAAUGCCGAUUUUUAUCAAAUAAACGGGAUGGUACUGGAGAGUCGUAAGAGACGCGAGCAUUUGAGUGAAGAAGAUUUACAAAAAAAUAAAGCCAUCAUGGAAUCAUUGACUAAAGGAAGUUCUCAAGGGUUUACUAAUGGCGAGCCGCCAAUCAGACGUGCAUCUUUAAAUCCACCUCCGGAUUCAGAUAUAUCAUGGGAAAUGUAUUUAGAGGCACCAGCAGGAGAGUGCCCACUUUUAGGUAGAAGUCUUGUGUACAAAGAAAGUAGUAAAUCAUUCAAAGCGACAGUCGCAAUGAGUCCUGAUUUCCCACUGACUGUUGAUAUGCUACUUAAUGUACUGGAAGUUAUUGCGCCCUUUAAACAUUUUAGCAAAUUACGUCAAUUCGUAAGAAUGAAACUACCCCCUGGUUUUCCAGUUAAAAUAGAUAUACCCAUAUUACCAACAGUCACUGCUAAAAUAACAUUUCAAGAAUUUGCAUUUAGAAAUGACAUUAAUCCAGAUUUAUUUCAAGUACCAACGGACUAUUUUGAAGACCCAAUGAGAUUCCCCGAUUUAUGACGCUUUGAUACUCUAACAUUAAUUGAGGUCAAUUAUUAUGGCUCAGGUCUGAUUUCACUUUUAGGGGAACGUUUAGCAUUGGAAUUUCCGCUUGGAGUAAGCCUUGGUAGUAUUUAUUCCAGUCACUGUGUGUUAUUAAUCGAGUAAUAUAUUAAUUAUCAUUUUUUCCACCCCAAUAAUUAAAAAAAGAACAAAAAAAAACGUAUACGUGUAACAAAACUUGUAAUUUUUGUCUAUUGUCUUUCGAAAAAAUAUUUAUCAUCGAUGAUUUUCACUCACUUAUUAAUUUAUAAUUUUAUCACAUUCACAAAAUUAAUUUUUGUGACUAUAAUUAUUUUGUACUUGGUAUUAAUUACUUAUUUAAUGAGUUUAUAAAUUUAUAAAUAAUUUAAGCGACUAACAUAUCAAUAAUUUUAUUACAAAUGAAUCUAAAACUUCAAACUGUUGUUUAGUUAUGGAAAAAUUUUUGUUAAGUAAUUAAUACUGUGUAUAAAAUAAAUUAGUUAAUUAUUAUUUAAAACGAAAUUUAAAUAGAUGAAUCAAUAGAUAGUUUUUCAACCACUGCCAAAGCAAAUAAAGUUUCACUUGCUCUUUAUAUACUGACGUAAUAAUUAUUUUAAUUGAAGCUUUUACUGCUUUUUUAAUUUAAUUGCACCGUUAGCAAUUAAUUAUCAAUGCCUAAAUAUUGAGAUCAAUUAAAAAAUAUUAAUUUUUUUUUAACCAGAAAUAUUUUAUUUUUAAAUGAACGCUUAAUAAAUAUUUUUUCAAAAAGUAAUUGUCAGAAAAAAACGAAAAAAUUUCGCGGUAAAAUUAUUUAUUAUAAAAUUAUGACAGAGUUUAAGUUUAUAUAAAAAAUUUUUGUCGAAUUUAAUAUUUUUUAAAUUCUAUCAAAGCUUUGAAUCAGAAUUUCAGUGUCAGGAAACUUAAAAUAAAAUAUUUCUGUUAAAAUAAAAUAAAAAAAUUAAACUUUCUCAAUAAACUCUGAAUAUAUAUUUAUAAUUAUAUAAACAAAAAAUAUUUCAGCUAUGCUCGACCUAAAAACCUAACAAACUAAUAAAAAAUAUAAACAUAUAUUUAAUUGUCUGACUGUUCGAAUAAUAUAAAAAAAAAAUACGUAUCAAUCUAUAAAUAUUUACAAACUAAAAGUGCAAGUUAUUCAUUUAUUAUAAAUUAAAAUAUAUAAAAAAUUAUUAAUUUUUAAAAAACUAAAAAAGAAAAAAAAAUGCAGCUACUGCUCAAUGGGCCAGCAAUAUAAAUUGACUAAAAUUCUUUAGUUUAUGAAUAAAAAAAAAAAAAUAAAUAAAAUUUAUGAGCACGUGGAAAUUGCUGAGCAUCUGUAAGAUGUGCCUCUUUUUUCUUGUAUUGUGCGUUUACUGCGUCUUGAUAUAAAAAAAAUAAUAUUAAUGGUAAAAAAACAAGACAAAAAAAUAUGGAAUAAAAAAUAAAUAAACUAAAAAUAUAAAUCUAUUUUUACACAAUUUAAACUAAAAGCCAGAGCUCAUCAAUCGAUUAAGUUUGGCAAAUACAUCUUGCUCCGUAGUUUCUUCUAUUUUUCUAAAUUGUGUAUUUCUUCGACUCUUUAAGAGAGACCACUAGUGUGAUCGCCUGGAAAAAAGAUUAUUUUUGGGAAUUUUUUUAAAGAAAACUACUGCAUAGAAUGUUUUAAUGUUUUAAAGAUAUAUUUCUAGAUAUAUAAUGAAUGGUAACCAACCUAAUGAACUUUGGCGAUAUGAACUUACCUUUUUUCUCAGGUUUUGUAAAAUUGAAAUUUGGUAAAUUUGAAUUUUUAUGAAUUAAAUAACCUAUUAAUAUUCAAAUAUUAUAUGUCUACGCACACAAAACCUGAGAAAAAAGGUAAGUUUAAAUCAUCAAAGUUUAAAUCGCUAAAGUUCAAAUUUACAAAAGUUCAAAUUACCAAAAUUCAAAGUGUAAAAGUUCAAAUUUUCGAAGUUCUUUCGAUAUGGAAUCAUAAUGAAUACAAGAUAAAAUUUUUGCAUCAAAAAUUUAAAAACUCAGCGAGUUAUUCGCAAUUUCCCGCUCCAAAAAAAGUCUCCCCACUACAGUGAUUGCGACCUUCUGUGCAUGAAAUAAAAAAACCAAAAAGUUCAUCAAACUAGAAGGUAUUUCCCGUACCAUGACCCUCGAUCGAAAAAAAAAUUGAAAUUUAACAAAAUGGCGGGGUUUUUAAAAAGUUUCAAAUUUCGCGCGAAAAUUAGACGACUUUUGGCCUGCCAAAAUUACACUUUUCAUUCGAUCAGAAAACUGGAGGUUCAUGGUAUGAAACAUAUAAAAGAAGCUGUAAUAAGAAUCAAAUCGAUUGGAUGAUUUGUCUUCGAUAUAACUGCGGCAAUUUUUAAAAAUGUAUUUUUGAGAACCAAUAAGCGGCUGCUCUUCAGAUGGCUGCAACUCAAAAAAACUUUUCGAGAUAUGCGAAAAAAAUUGAUUUUUUCAAAAUUUCACACUAGUGGUCUCCCUUAAUUAUCAUAUUAAUCAUUAAAAUAAUAAUAAUUUACACUAAUUGAUAAAUUAAAAAAAAAUAUACAUAUAUAUAUUAAAUAAUAAAAAUUUAUAUGUAAUAAAAAAAAACCCUUUGUACUUGCGUCCGCGUGUUUAGAUUUAUCGUAACCAGCUUUUUUCAAUCAGACUAUACUCGUGUGCUCGAUUAGUAUCAUAUAGUUAAUUAGUGGGGUACUAACAUAGUGUUAAUUUAUUUGUAAUUUAAUUAUUAAUAUUAUUUAAUUAUUUAUAAUGCCUUCCUUUGCUACACUUCCCCGUAGUAUUUAUCACUGUUUAUUGUUUUGUUAAACAAAAAAAAAGAAAAUUAAAAAUUAAAAUUAUUAUAAAAUUCGACGCAGAGCGUUGGAUAUAUGUUGAAUUUUGUCGGCAUUAGUAUUUAUAAUUUAUUAUCAUAUUAUAAUUAAUGGUAUUGUGUUAUAAAAAUAAUUUUUACACCAAUAUAUUAUAUUGUAAAAUUAUUCA